AUAGGCGGGAGUCAUAGAAGCAACCCUCGAGCUGUGUCUUGGAGUACGUCCUCCUAGGUUUGGGAAUCUCCAAUUAGUUCCAACUCAAGUGCUGACUCCGUGUGUGUGUGUGUGUGUGUGUGUUUAGUUAGCUGGCAUGCAACACACUUCCCCAGGGUUGUUUCCUUUUUCCUGAGAUUUGGCGAAGGGUAAAGGGUCGGAGUCACAUGGAUACAAAGCAUUUGAUUAAUGUCCAAGUCACCGCUGUGGCUGUCGGAGCUGCCUCCCCGCCAGCCCCGGCCGCGUGAGGCCGCAGCCGCGGGGCUCGGCGUGCAGAUCCCGGACCGGGGCCGCCUCUCCCGGGAGUUGUCUGCCCAGAGCCUCGCGCCUCCCGCGCCGGAGUUCCAGCGAGCGCCCUCUCCUCUCCCACCAACCCAGCCUCUCCCCAGCAUGUAAAGUCGCCCGUACCUCCUCGGGCUUCUCGGAGGCAACAACUUUCCCCUCUGGCCAGCGCGGGGCCGGACACCGGUUGGCGCGCGGGAUAGCGCGCAGCACAGCAGCCCUGCGUCCCGCCGCCCACCAUGACCGACGAGAGCCGCGGGGACUGCAGAGCCGAGAGCGCCAAGGACCUGGAGAAACAGCUUCGCCUGCGCGUGUGCGUGCUCAGCGAGCUCCAGAAGACCGAGCGGGACUAUGUGGGCACGCUGGAGUUCCUGGUGUCGGCAUUCUUACACCGAAUGAACCAGUGUGCUGCAUCAAAAAUUGAUAAAAAUGUAACAGAAGAAACAGUGAAGAUGCUGUUCUCAAACAUUGAAGAUAUCCUUGCUGUACAUAAGGAAUUUUUAAAAGUCGUGGAAGAAUGCCUGCAUCCAGAACCUAACGCUCAACAAGAAGUGGGAACCUGUUUUCUUCACUUUAAAGACAAGUUUCGUAUAUAUGAUGAAUAUUGUAGUAACCAUGAGAAGGCACAGAAAUUGCUUCUCGAACUUAACAAAAUAAGAACAAUCCGCACAUUUCUUUUGAACUGCAUGCUACUUGGAGGACGGAAGAAUACAGAUGUUCCCCUGGAAGGAUAUUUAGUAACACCAAUACAAAGAAUUUGCAAAUACCCUCUCCUUUUGAAGGAGUUACUGAAGCGGACUCCAAGGAAACACAGUGACUACGCAGCAGUAAUGGAAGCCCUCCAAGCCAUGAAAGCUGUCUGUUCCAACAUAAACGAGGCCAAGAGGCAGAUGGAGAAGUUAGAAGUUUUAGAGGAAUGGCAGUCUCACAUUGAAGGCUGGGAGGGAUCCAAUAUCACCGACACCUGCACUGAGAUGCUAAUGUGUGGCGUCUUGCUGAAAAUUUCUUCUGGAAAUAUUCAAGAACGGGUGUUUUUUCUUUUUGAUAAUCUUCUGGUGUAUUGCAAAAGGAAACACAGACGGUUGAAGAAUAGUAAGGCAUCUACAGAUGGACAUCGGUACAUUUUUCGUGGCCGGAUCAAUACGGAGGUGAUGGAAGUGGAGAAUGUGGAUGAUGGCACAGCUGACUUCCAUAGCAGUGGACACAUUGUUGUCAAUGGAUGGAAGAUACAUAACACAGCAAAAAAUAAAUGGUUUGUGUGUAUGGCAAAAACACCCGAGGAGAAACAUGAAUGGUUUGAAGCUAUUUUGAAAGAAAGAGAACGGCGAAAAGGUUUAAAAUUAGGAAUGGAGCAAGACACCUGGGUAAUGAUCUCCGAACAGGGUGAGAAACUCUACAAGAUGAUGUGCAAACAAGGGAAUCUGAUCAAAGACAGAAAAAGAAAACUGACCACAUUCCCUAAAUGCUUCCUUGGAAGUGAAUUUGUGUCAUGGCUCUUGGAAAUUGGAGAGAUUCACAGGCCUGAGGAAGGUGUACACUUGGGACAAGCAUUAUUAGAAAAUGGAAUCAUCCACCAUGUUACUGAUAAACAUCAAUUCAAGCCAGAGCAGAUGUUAUAUAGAUUCCGCUAUGAUGAUGGAACAUUUUAUCCAAGAAAUGAAAUGCAGGACGUGAUUUCGAAGGGAGUGAGAUUAUAUUGCCGUCUUCAUAGUCUGUUUACUCCAGUGAUAAGAGAUAAAGAUUACCAUCUACGAACCUACAAGUCUGUAGUCAUGGCCAACAAGCUGAUAGACUGGUUAAUUGCACAGGGGGAUUGUCGCACCAGAGAAGAGGCAAUGAUAUUUGGUGUCGGACUCUGUGACAAUGGAUUCAUGCACCAUGUCCUUGAAAAAAGUGAAUUCAAAGAUGAACCCCUGCUUUUCCGCUUUUUUGCGGAUGAGGAAAUGGAAGGAUCAAAUAUGAAGCAUCGACUUAUGAAACAUGAUUUAAAAGUUGUGGAAAAUGUUAUAGCCAAAUCACUAUUGAUUAAAUCCAAUGAAGGCAGCUAUGGUUUUGGGUUAGAAGACAAAAAUAAAGUUCCAAUAAUAAAGUUGGUAGAAAAGGGGUCUAAUGCUGAGAUGGCUGGCAUGGAAGUUGGGAAAAAGAUUUUUGCUAUUAAUGGUGACCUAGUUUUUAUGAGACCUUUCAAUGAAGUGGAUUGCUUCCUGAAAUCAUGCUUAAACAGCAGAAAGCCUCUAAGAGUUCUUGUGAGCACAAAGCCAAGGGAGACAGUGAAAAUCCCAGAUUCAGCUGAGGGACUUGGAUUCCAGAUACGAGGAUAUGGCCCAUCAGUUGUCCACGCAGUAGGAAGAGGAACUGUCGCUGCAGCAGCUGGUCUUCACCCUGGACAGUGUAUUAUCAAAGUAAAUGGAAUCAAUGUCAGCAAAGAGACCCAUGCCAGUGUUAUUGCACAUGUUACAGCCUGCAGGAAAUACAGAAGACCAAUGAAGCAAGAUUCCAUACAAUGGGUGUAUAAUAGCAUUGAGAGCGCUCAAGAAGACCUUCAAAAGUCUAACUCCAAACCUCCUGGAGAUGAAGUAGGGGAUGCUUUUGACUGCAAAGUAGAAGAGGUAAUUGACAAGUUUAACACCAUGGCCAUCAUCGAUGGGAAGAAGGAGCACGUGAGUCUGACAGUGGAUAAUGUGCACCUGGAAUAUGGGGUCGUGUAUGAGUACGACAGCACAGCUGGGAUAAAGUGCAACGUGGUAGAGAAGAUGAUUGAGCCCAAAGGUUUCUUCAGCCUCACCGCCAAGAUUCUUGAAGCCCUGGCUAAAAGUGAUGAUCAUUUUGUACAAAACUGUACCAGCCUUAACUCUCUAAAUGAAGUGAUUCCUACUGACCUUCAGAGUAAAUUCAGUGCGAUUUGUAGUGAAAAAAUAGAGCACAUAUGUCAGAGAAUAUCCAGUUAUAAAAAGUUUUCACGUGUACUGAAGAAUAGAGCCUGGCCCACCUUCAAACAGGCCAAAUCUAAAAUCUCCCCAUUACACAGCAGCGAUUUCUGCCCCACCAACUGCCAUGUCAACAUAAUGGAAGUUUCCUAUCCCAAAACAUCAACCUCCCUUGGGAGUGCAUUUGGUGUUCAGCUGGAUAGCAGGAAACAUAAUUCUCAUGAUAAGGAAAAUAAAUCUGAGCAAGGGAAACUGAGCCCUAUGGUGUACAUUCAGCACACAAUCACGACCAUGGCGGCCCCUUCAGGUUUGUCUCUGGGACAGCAGGAUGGGCGUGGGCUCCGGUACUUGUUAAAAGAAGAAGACCUGGAAACUCAAGAUAUUUAUCAGAAACUGCUGGGCAAACUUCAGACUGCACUGAAGGAGGUGGAGAUGUGUGUUUGUCAAAUCGAUGACCUUCUGUCUUCCAUAACAUAUUCUCCUAAAUUAGAACGUAAGACACCAGAAUGCGUAGUACCACCAGAGAGUGACAACGAGAAGGGAGAGAGAAAUAGCAAACGGGUCUGUUUUAAUAUGGCGGGAGACGAGCAGGAAGACUCGGGUCAUGACACCAUCAGCAACAGAGAUUCUUACAGCGACUGCAACAGCAACAGGAAUUCCAUCGCCUCCUUCACCAGCAUCUGCAGCAGCCAGUGCAGCUCCUACUUCCACAGCGAUGAAAUGGACUCAGGUGAUGAACUUCCCCUCAGUGUUCGCAUUUCUCAUGAUAAGCAGGACAAGAUACAUAGCUGUCUUGAGCAUCUUUUCAGCCAGGUGGAUUCAAUUACCAAUCUCCUAAAAGGGCAAGCUGUUAUAAGGGCCUUUGAGCAAACCAAGUACCUCACGCCAGGUCAAGGAUUACAAGAAUUUCAGCAGGAAAUGGAACCAAAGUUGAGUUGUCCAAAAAGGUUAAGACUUCACAUCAAGCAAGACCCUUGGAAUCUUCCCAGCAGUGUCCGGAAUCUUGCUCAGAACAUCAGAAAAUUUGUUGAAGAGGUCAAGUGUAGGAUACUCCUGGCUCUUCUUGAAUAUUCAGACAGUGAGACACAGCUCCGAAGAGACAUGGUUUUCUGCCAGAGUCUUGUGGCCACCGUGUGUGCCUUCUCUGAGCAACUUAUGGCAGCAUUAAACCAGAUGUUUGACAACAGCAAAGACAAUGAGAUGGACACGGGGGAAGCCAGCAGAAGGUGGCUGGACCAGAUAGCAAAUGCGGGUGUUCUAUUUCACUUUCAGUCACUCCUGUCGCCAAACCUGACAGAUGAACAAGCCAUGCUAGAAGAUACACUGGUUGCGCUAUUUGAUUUGGAAAAAGUUUCUUUUUACUUUAGACCAUCAGAAGAGGAACCACUGGUUGCAAAUAUUCCUCUUACGUAUCAAGUAGAGGGAAGCCGGCAGGCUCUGAAGGUUUACUUCUACAUUGAUAGUUACCAUUUUGAACAACUGCCUCAACGUUUGAAAAAUGGAGGAGGGUUUAAAAUUCACCCCGUUCUUUUUGCACAAGCACUGGAAAGCAUGGAAGGAUAUUAUUAUAGAGACAAUGUUUCAGUGGAAGAAUUUCAAGCCCAGAUAAAUGCAGCCUCAUUGGAAAAAGUCAAACAAUACAACCAAAAGCUCAGGGCCUUCUACUUGGACAAGUCAAACUCACCACCCAACUCCACAUCCAAGGCUGCCUAUGUAGAUAAGCUAAUGAGGCCUCUCAAUGCCCUGGAUGAACUUUAUCGGCUGGUAGCCUCGUUUAUCAGAUCCAAGCGUACGGCGGCCUGUGCAAACACAGCCUGCAGCGCGUCGGGGGUGGGGCUGCUGUCUGUGUCCUCGGAGCUGUGCUCCCGGCUGGGGGCCUGCCACAUCAUCAUGUGUAACAGCGGCGUGCACAGGUGCACUCUGAGCGUGACCCUGGAGCAGGCCAUCAUUCUGGCCCGAAGCCACGGGCUGCCUCCCCGCUACAUCAUGCAGGCCACUGACGUGAUGCGGAAGCAGGGAGCAAGAGUUCAGAACACAGCAAAGAAUUUGGGAAUCAGAGACCGAACCCCACAAUCUGCUCCAAGGCUCUACAAGUUAUGCGAGCCACCUCCCCCCAUGGGUGAAGAAUGAAGAGAAUCUCCAAGGAACCAGACAAGCAGAAGCUUCUGCAAACCAGGCAGAGGACAUGCUGGCUACAUAUUCUCCAUUAAAGAUAAAGAAAUAGCUUUUUUUUUUUUUUUCCCCUCUAAAUCCUUCACCAUGGAGUAACUAACCAGUGUUCGACUUGUACUUGGAUAUUUGUGCUGGCCACAGAUCGGAGGUCAUUUGGACAAUUUGAAGCUUCACCAACUCAUCUCUGUAUGUUUUGACACUCACUGUUUAUUUUUAGGGUAAAAUUCAUCCCUCAAAUUGAUUAAAAAAAAAAAAAUCAGAGUUGAACAAUGAACCAUUGUGCCUCCUUUCCCAUUUAUUAAAAUUAUUUGAUUGUGUUUAUUUCCAUCUUCUCUAAAUGGGAUCGUGUAAUCAUGGACAUUUCCACUUGAAGAAGCCUUUUACUGAAGAAACAUGGACACGCUUUCCAAAUCCUUAUACAGAAAUGUUACAGAAAGUGGAGGCUGGGUGCUGUCAUAGGGAUUCAGUCCCUCACCUGCAUCACAGAAAGUAGUUCAUGUGUGUGAGGUGAAGAGCAUGUUCUACUCUUUCUCCUAAGGGUUUAUUUCUCAGUAAAAGAGAGAAGAGCAGAUGGAAGCUUUACCAAGACUUUCUUCCAGCCCCUUCUAGGUUUGCUUUGUGCUUGUGGAUUUUUCCAGUAGUCUGGUGCUCUCCCUGGUCUCUGUAAUGGCAUGACUUCCUUGUGCACUGGGGCUGUGCCCCCAAUGGCCACGGGUGGGGAGCAGUGGGGACCAGACAAGUUUAGAAGGGUAUAGGAGGGGUAAGUAGGGUAAAGGAGGAAACUUAAGCCCAUUUAAAAAUUCAACCUUUAUUUUAGAAAGAUACCUAAAAUUUCUCACUUUUAGGAAGGCUUUAAUAUGAGAUCUGAGACUCAUAAUAGAAUAUACUAUGUUGAGAAUUCCUCUAUCAAGGUAUGUGUAUAACAUAUGAAAAUAAAGCUUUAUUUGUUGAACUUAUCAAGGACUAUUAGAGACCUUGAUAACAUGUGGAAGCACAAGGUGUGUUCUAUUUUCAUUCUAAAGUAUGUGUAAUGAUUAUCAUCUCUAUGUUGAUAAAAUAACAUUGUUUUUUAGCAUAAGGAAUAUGGUCAUAUUGGUUUUGAAUCUAUAAUUUUCAAAGCAAUUAAAAUGCCCUUACUGUGAUUGUGAUAAUUAUAUGGAUUUAAACUAAUUUAGUAUGUGAAAUGCUUUUAAUAACUAAAGUAUAUACAGACUAUUAUUGAAUUUUAAUUUAUGAAAUUUGAUAAUGGUUUCAAAUGAUCAUUAAAAACUUCACUGUUAGAAGUUGUGUAUUGAAUAACAAAACUCCUGUGUUACAUGUUUAUGAGGUAUUCAUAUACUGGUCAAGCUGAUAAAAAUUGUCCUUUGUCACAGAAGCACUUAAGAUUUUUGCCUUAAGUCCAUAUAUAUAAUGAGAAGUAAAGAAACAAACUCCAAAGUUUCCAAAGAAAAAGUUGAACACUUUGCAUUUAAUGGAAAUAGGACCUUAACACAAAUAUCUAGAUUAAGUAUAUCUUCUAGGGAUUUAACAUUCUGGAUAUUAUUAACAACUGAUCCCAAAGGCCCGUGAUAUUAGUAUCUUGUGAUUUUCCCAUAUUGAAAAAUUGAUGACAUUCAAUGCAGGCUAAGGAGGGAGCAAAACCGAUCAACUAUCAACUGUUGCUCAUAAUGUCAUUACUGUUUUCUAAUCACCAUCGUGGAAGCCUUAUUUCUCAGUAGAACGAUGAAGAGGUCACUUAAACACUUUGGCCAUACUUUGCUGUUUCAUGGGAUAAAUUAUCUGCUAUUAUGUUAUAUAUAAAUUAGCAUAUCUUUAAGGAUCUAAUCUUUGUAUAAUAAGAUGUGGUUAAUAUUUUAAGGGUGCAAUGUACCAUCUAUCAGAGUGCUUGGUACUUACUAAAUGCUUGAAAGUUAGUAGUCAUUUAUAUUAUCAUCAGUCACUGUUAUUUUUUUCUUAUUAUAAUAAAAACUAUAGCUAACAGUCAAGCAAUUACUAUGUGCCAGACAAUACCUCCAAGUGCUUUACCCCAUCUUGUUCUUGCUUCACUAAUUGUCACAACGACAUCACCCCAUUUCACAGUUGAGGAACUAAAGCAAAGAAGAGCCCAGUGACUCUCCCAAGUCAGUCACAUGAUUGACAAGUGGUAGAAGCAGGAUUUAAACCCAGCAAGACUGCCUCCUUCAUACAUUAAGCUCCUCCUUACUAAUAGAAGAAUAGUACUAAUUAGCUGUUAAUAAAGCUGGAGUUAGGUGACACAUGUUGCCAUUAAGUUACGCACUUUAUAUUGAGGGAAAAAUGGAUGGAAACAUGAAAGCGGUUUUUAGUAUGUGAAAAUCAUAGGAUUUCUUAGACAUUUACCAUUUUGGAUACAUGUUUUGAGGAUGCUGUUGCAGUCUGAAAAAAUAGAUUCCUCGUCACUGAAGAUAACAGUUUUAGAUAUGUUUUGAAAUUUGGAAAAAGUAUAUCCUAUAAAAUUUGCUGUGAUUCCAAAACAGUCAUAACAAUUUAAAAAUGUCCAAUGAACGAAUGAAUAAAGACAAUUUUUGAAUAUCAUAAUGUACCUCCAUGCAACAUUGGACAUUUAACCAGCCUUGAGUUUUUAGAAUGGGUUUACCUACAUGUUCACAUAUUCCUCCCCUUAACCACUCACCUACUCCUCUGUAACUCCUUUAAACAUUGCUAAAGCCUACUAACAGUUCUUCUGAGUUCUGUGUUUGGAUAUUUGCCUCUCUUCCCCUAAAAGGGAAGGUCAUGCAUAGUUAUCUAAUAUUAAAUAUUACCAAACUUUAUAUAAUGUUAACAGAAUGAGUAAUUUGAAGAGACUAGAGUUUUAUAUAUAUUUCCAUUACUGUUUAACAAAAAAGAAAGAAAAAGAAUUUCUGUAUGACUUCUAAUUAUAUUGGAUAUAAAAAGUUGAAUUUAGAAGGUAAGCUUUAUUUUAUGAACAAAUAUCCUAAUCUUAGAUGUCUCACAAUAUUUUCUGUCUCUCUAAAUCACAUUCAUUGAGUGGCUUAAAUUUCCUAAGCAUUCAGUGGUCACUCUUCUUGCCCCAACAAUGUUUAAUUUUAAAAUGGGCUAAUUUCUUGUGAUAGUAUAAUAUAUAUGAUAUUGUAAUGAUACUGGUUCUGACUCUAUCGAUUUAAAUUUUGUGAUAGUUAACUAAGUUCAGUAUGAAAUGAUAUUAUCCUUGGCACUAGCUGUAAAAGCCAAGACAAUGAAUAGUUAAAAAAAAUCCUGAGUGGAUAUUAACUAAUUUAAGAAAAUAAACUCUUUUGGGGUCACCUGGCUAGCUCAGCUUGUAGAGUAUUUGACUCUAGACUUCUGGGCUGUGAGUUCAAACCCCACUUUGGGUGUAGAGAUUACUUAAAAAUAAAACAUUUUUAAAAAGAAAGAAAAACUAUUUUCAACCCUCUGUGCACAUACAACUUUUAGGAAAAAAAUAAUAUUUAGGGAUAUGAAAGCAUUUAGUUAAUGUAUUUGAAAAUGAUGUGUUUGUAUUUAGUACUAAAGUAUUCCCUGAUUAGUUCAUAUGGAUCUUUUCUUGCGUAGCAUGAUUUAGGGCAGAUUACAAGGGCAUAUUUUUAUUCAUUUGUAUUUUAAAAAACCACAAUAUUGAAGUUUAAAAUAAAUAACCCUACUCUAAGUCAUUUUACUUCACAGGUUAUUUUUAAAUUUUCUUCACUAGUGGCAUUUACUAAUAUGGAAACUAAUGUUUUGUAUGUGAUUAAAUUGCUUCUGAAUUUUUAGAAACUAUGUUUAAUUCUUAAAGACUUAUUUUUAAGUGAAUUAAUAUACUAAAUUAUAGUUUAAUUAUAAUUAUAGUUUAAUUACUUUCUUACAGCCAAUAGUAGUUUUUUCAUUAAUGUAUAUAUAUAUAUAUAUAUAUAUAUAUAUAAACACAUGUACACAUAAAAAUAUAUAAUUGCCAGUUUGCUGAAUGAGUUGUUAGUUGUUAUACUGAAGUAUAAAGGCAAAAGCUUUUGAAAUGCUUUAGAAUUAUCUAAAGUUCGAUUAAGAAAAAUAUUCUGUAUGCACUCAGAUUUUUGAAGUUUUAGUGAUAAGCCUCAGAAAAUUUUCACCCUACAUGAGGCAGAAGAGGUAGGGGAAGUUAUGAGAGGAGUCUGAGCCAAUAAUGGGCUCAGACUAAUUCCUUUUACUUAUAGUGGCCACAGUCUUCUUAGGUGCUGUAAUUUCUGUAAUUGUUAUCACAGUUAGUCUUUGGUUUAAAAUUUUUUUUUUUACUGCUUCAAACCUUUGCUUUUAACAUUGAUCUCAGCAUUCAUAUCGCCACAUUGAAGAUAUGGAAGAUUGUAGAAGUAUGGCCUAUGCAUUCUCUCAUUGUUCCAUAGACACAUGGCCUACUUAACUCAGGAUAGCUUGCUUUUCUCAUUGAGAAGAGAUAUCUGAAGUCUACCAAGAUAGAUAGAUAUAGAGAUACUGUAUCUCUGUAUAUGUUUCUAUAUACAUAUAUUUGCUAGUUUUUGUUUUUGUGACAUACAUUAUAGAAAUUACUUAGAUUCUCAUGUCUUGUUUUGGUGAAGAGAUGAAAUAUGGGGUUGUUCAAUAUAUGAAAUAUUUCUUCUAUAGACAUUAGAUUUGUCUAAAUUCACAGUCAGCACACCUGGUAGGCCAUCUUCUGAUCACUGACAGUACUGUCCUACUCAGUCUGGAGCCAAUUUACCUACCUUUGCCAUCCAAGAAGUAGCUGAUGAAGAAUAAAGUUACUGAAUUUUCAAUUGAUAUUUCUACUAGAAAUAGAAAACUUUGGAUACUUGCAUGCAGAUAACAGAAGAAAUGUCCUCCAUUCAUGUAUUCACUCCACAAAUAUGUUCAAGAAUUUACUUUGUAAGAGGCACAGCCAGUGGGCCUCGUUGAUGCAUUGGCUCUGUUUGAUUAGAAAGUCGUUGCGGUAUCUCUUUUAUAGUUAGUGGUUGCUUGUGUCUUUUACUUGAAAUGACAUGAUGUGUAAGGCAAACCUAUUCUAAUACCUUGUAGUAUAUAUAUUGUAUGAAAUCAAGAAUACUAAGUUGGUAAAAUGCUUUAGAAGACACAUUUAAAUUUGAAUAUCUAAUGCCUCAAGCAAAUUUAUUAGAGUUUCAGAAGAAUAUAUAUUUUUGUAACUGCCAAGUAAAUGAGUAGAUCAUAGCUUUUGCUUAAAAAAUAUUUGUAUAAGUAUUCAGUUGAGAGUUAGUUCCUUUAUGUAUUUGAAUAUAAUUUACAUUUUACUAUUUUAAAUAGUAAAGUAUUUUACUAUAAUUUUACUAUUUUAAAUAGUAAAAUAUGAAGCUUGUUCUAUAAAUAAUAAUUCUCUUGAAUAUAUUCAUAUUUAACAUUGUAUAACAUCCAAAAUGUAAUGAUAAAUUUCACCUGAGUGUGUUAUUAUAGGAGUCAAUUUUUCCUUUGUAAAAGAUACAUGUAACAUAGUUUCAAUCAUUCAGUAUUUUGUGAAUGGUUAAAAUGGUUGAAGUGUAUUAUGUAUUUUAUAUCAUUUAAUUUUGUCUGCAUAAAAGACUAGAAUAGUAGCAUUGUAUCAUUAAUGUCAAUAAUAAUAAAGUGAAAUGUAGUAAGACUAUA